AUGUUGUCUAUUAAAAUUUGUAGGCAGCCAGCACAUCACUGCUACCAUCGGAACUGGGAGCUUCGCCAAUGGCGACAAGUGCUUUUUAUUAUGGACGAUUCCUACAAUAUCACUCCAUGUCGAACGGUCAUACACUCGCAAACAUAUCUGGCAUUUUCUCAGUUCGUCAAUGGCUAUCUAACAACCCUAUGUGUCCUGAUCGGCACAGUUGGUAAUGUGCACAGCAUUCGUUCAAUUCACGCCAGCAACUUGGACAAAAAUCGAGGUGUGGUACUAGCCGUAUCAAUACUGUCACUAGCAGUAUGGGAUACGGUGUUGCUGUGGUGUGCCUUCUUCUAUUAUGGUAUCAACGCUUUAGUCCGCUCUAGUGACAUCGACUUCAUGAAGCUGUUAACACCCUGGUUUCACGGCUUUUCCCAAGUAGCUAACACGGCAUCCAUUUGGUGCAUGGUUAUGAUAACUAUUCAGCGAUUUAUGGCCAGCAGAGAUCCGUUCAGGAAAAGUAGGUGA